AGACUGCUCAAGACAAAAGGAGAAAGCGUUUGUUCAAGUCAGCUGAGAAAUUACUACAAUUAACACUUACCGCCAUUACCACAGUAACAUCAAUGCUGAGCUGACAUCGCCAAGGUGACAAAGCAAAUUUCCUUGCCACUCAAGUAAUCAAGUUCAAGUUGUUGUCAGCGUUUUGCAGCUCGCUGUUGUGAAAAGGUGACCAAUUGUGAAAGUUAAGGAUGAAGUUUGCGAUUUUCGAUUUUGGAGACAAUACUUUUGAUAUUGGCCAAACAUCAUGGAUACAAGAUAAAAAUUCUACAACAUUUGACAACGAAUCCUGGCUCUUUACCCACGAAAUAAUUGUCAAGUGGCCCAUAGACUUCAAUGCAGCGAAACGAAAAAUGCGAAAAAAAUUGAUAUAGAUACAAUCAAAACGGAAAGCGAAAGAUAUCCAGCAAGAAUUUUAAAAUUUGGAGGUGACUUUGCCUCCAUGGAUUCAUUCUUAGAGAUGUAUCUGAAAAGUGGGAAAACUUCAACUCCUAAAAGAGGAAAAGGUCAAAGAAUCUCACAAAAGAAUUAUAAAUACCAUUCCGACUUCGAUAAGGAGGAUUAUGAAGUCCAGUUUGGUUCACAUAUAAGUAAAAAACCCCCUUUAAAGAGAAGAAAAGUCCAGAAAGAUAGUUCAAAGAAAAUCUCCUUAUAUUCCAUGGUUAAAGAAAAAUAUAAACAAACAGAGUUUGAAACAGUGCAAAAUGAAGAAGACAACUUAAACGAGAAUCGUUCCGACAGUACGUCCUUUUUACAGCUAAAAAAAAUCGAAAAUCGUUUAAAAGAACUUUCCGAAGAAUGUAGAAACUUAAAGAUACAGACGACAAAUUUAGCUGCGCUGAUGAAUUCUGUGAAAGAAUUACCGUCAAAUGGGGUUAUUUGGGACUGUUUUUACAUACACAUUUGAAAUAAUGUACCAAGGCAUGAAGUAUGAAUAGAGGUUUUGGUGGUAAAAGUUGAGUAAAUAAUCAUAGUUUUGCAUCAUCCUCAUUACUGCAUCAUUCAUUUUAUUUUGUCUCUACACUUUUUAAAAAUAUGCUUGAGUCCCAAAUUACCCCAUGUGGACAAAAUUGGGACAGCCUUUGAUUUUGCUAUAUAUUCUUAGUUUAUACCAGCCAGGAUUAUAUGGGACACUUUAUGUUUUAUAAUAUUCUCCCAGUUAUGUUUUUCAUAUGUGCAAGCUUCUGGGGUGAAUUGGAAAAAGGGUACACUUCAGGAAAAAUACACUUUAACUACAAUUAGCCGAGUAAUUACAGAUCAGAAAUCAUAAAUAUCCGUAUUUCAAAUAGUAGCGAGAGACUUGCCGAGCGGAAUUCGAAUUCGUGUUAUU